AUGUUCUCCUGCUUUGGCCUCUUCAAAAAGCACCGGGAUGAAGAGGAACGCGAGCCCCUUCUCCCCCGCUACAGCGGCGAUACCGCCCUCCAGGCCCGCCUCCGCGAAAAGCUGCACACCUAUCAAAUGCUCCGUGCCCUGGGGAAGGGUUACAUGCCGUCCAACGACCAGCUCACCACCAACCUACGCACCCUUCUCACUGCCGACAUCCUCUCCCCCGAUGCUCCCGAGAACCUGAGCCCUUCGGGCCACUCUCUCAUCCUCGACGUCCGUCUUCUGAUCACCCAGUUCAUCGAGCUCCUGCACCACAAAAAUUCCGAGGAUCAGAUCCAAGACUUCAUCUGGUUCCUCACCAAGUCCCGUCUAUCCGUCGAUGCCCAUGAUAUUGCCGAGCGGGCUUCGAGGGCCAAGUCCAAGGCAGACACUACAGCUGCCUACAAAAGCUUGCAGACCGUGGGCUCUCUGCUGCUGACCAACUCGGACUUUCGCAUCUUCCUGUCCGACCUGACCACCGUCGGCCGGGAGGUCUUCCGAGACACUGCCUUCACCCUUGCCGAAGCAUCCAAGGAGGUUGGAAAGAAGGUGGAGCCUUCCCAGGAGGAGCAAGAAGCUCUCAAGCAUCCCGAUGGAGAUUCGCAGUCUCCACCGUCCAAAGCCGACCUCGGGAAAGAGGUCGCCGACGUAUCUUCUGCCGUGGCCGACGGCGCCUCGAAAGUUGCCGGUGAAGCGGGACAGAGCCUUGCAGAGCACAUCACCGGCGACGAAAAGGACACCCUCCUGCAUCGGCUCAAGCAGGCCGUCGUGAAACUGAGGGAACGGAGGGAUUACUCUGACUCGGUGUCCACCCUGUCGCUCCUCAUCCGCCGCUACCUUCUCGUCUACUCCCACGCCCUCGCCGACACGGCCCGCGCCGCCGAGGAAGACGUGCACAUGAAUCCCGAGGCUGACCGGGCCAUGCGCAACUUCUGGACCUUCGUCACCUCCUUCGGCGACCGCGACGAGUGGAAGGAAGUAGAGCACACCUUCCAAGCCGUCAUGUCCCACGCCAACAGCGACCCGGAGUUCGACGACCUGGUCCGCCGCAUCGGCAACCUCGUCCAGGACAUGCUCACCGAGCCCGACUUCUUCGACCACGCCGAGGACAGGUUCCAGGAGGUGCGCGCCAAGUCGCGCGAGCUGACCCACGAGUCGUCCGUCCGAGACGACGUCGACGCCUUCCUGGACCACCUGCACAAAGCCAUCCGCUCCGUCCUCCAGGACGCCGACGUCAAGAAGCUCCUCCAGACCUCCAAGCGCAUCCUCGCCACCCUGUCGCCUGCGCACCAGUACACCAACACCGAGCUGGUCUCCGACUCGCUCAACGUCUUCGUCCCCCUCCUCGUCAACGCCGUCCAGUACAUCCCCAUCCCGCGCCUCGAGGUCUCCACCCCGGCCAUGGACCUCCUCCUCGAGAACCUGAUCCUCGAACCGGGCCGCACCGUCAACGCCAGCUCCUUCCUCCCUUACAAGCUCAACGUCACCACCAGGAACGACGUCGAGGUCCGCAAGGCCAGGUUCGCCACCACCUCCUCCGUCACCACCCUCAUGCGCAUCGCCGUCUCGGGCCUCUCCCUCGCCGCGGAGGACGUCGGCUACUGGCUGCGCCUGCACUCGGGCCUCCUCCGCUUCGUCGACUCCGGCAUCGUGGGCCUCCACCUCGACGAGAGGGGGAUCGACGUCGCCGUCGACGUGGAAGUCGGCAGAGAGCGCCUGGAACAGAUCCUCACCCUGCGCGGCGUCCGCGUCCGCAUCCACCGCCUCCAGUACGACCUGCGCCAGACCAAGCUGGCCUGCCUCGCCUGGCUCCUCAAGCCCCUCGUGCGGCCCCUGCUGCGGAAGGCCCUGGAGGUGGCCGUCGCCCGCGCCAUCGCCGACGCGUGCCACGCCGCGAACCGGGAGCUCCUCUUCGCGAGGGAGAGGCUGCGCGCCACGCGCAUUGCGAACCCGCAGGAUCUGUGGACGUAUCUGCGGGCCGUGGCCGCCAGGCUUGUGCCCGCCGAGGAUCCGGACCUGUAUACGCGCGUUGGGGUUACGCAGCCCGGCCGGGGGGUGUUCAGAGGGGUGUAUGCGCCCGGGAGUCUGGUGAAGGUGUGGAACGAGGAGGGGGCGUUGGCGGGGCAGAGGGCCUACCAGUAUGAGAGGGAGGGGUGGCGGAACGAUAUUUUUGAUGUUUCUGCGAGAGCUGCCUCGGUGAGCCGUGUUUAG